AUGAAAAAGAAAGUAAGAAAGACGAAAGUGCAGUCCAUUGAGCGGUAUUUGGUCGUGGUUAUCUCCAUGGCCUGUCUCCUAUCCUCGGCAGCCACAGGUGAGGAUUUCAAUCCGUGCUGCUCGUUUCCCUGUCAGCACAGGAGUAUCUGCGUGAUGUUGAGCAACCAGGCUUACGUGUGUGACUGUACAAACACUGGCUUCUAUGGCAACAACUGCGAUAUACGUACGUUACUCCACAGAGAAUUUACCAUUAAAGACAUCGCCGUCGAUUUAUCCUCGAUUUACGGUGAAACAGCAGAGAAGAGGAAACAGCUGAGAAGUUUGACAGGAGGAAAAUUUAAAAUGCAGGUCAUUAACGGGGAGGAAUGGCCCGUAUUGAUAAAGGAUGCUCUUAUCGAAACCGAAUAUCCUCCCGGAUAUCCGGAAGAACGUAAAUUCGCUCUGGGUCAUCCCUUUUACGCGCUUCUUCCGGGUCUGUUCGUAUGGUCUACGAUAUGGAUGCGGGAACAUAACAGGGUGUGCGAUAUCCUAAAGGAGGAACAUACAGACUGGGACGAUGAAAGGUUAUACCAAACCGCCCGACUCAUCCUUGUUGGUGAGACGAUAAAGAUCGUUAUCGAAGAUUACGUUCAGCAUCUUAGCCAGUAUAAAUUCAAGCUCAAGUUCAACCCGGAACUACUUUUCGACGUGCCAUACCAGUACCAGAACCGCAUUGCCGUGGAAUUUAACCACCUCUACCACUGGCACCCUCUACUACCGGAAUCAUUCAACAUCAGCGGACAGACGUAUCCGAUGAAAAGCUACAUGUUUAACAGUCAACUGGCCGUCGAUCAUGGCAUGUAUGCGGUCAUAGAUUCCAUGUCACGUCAACCGGCUGGAAGAAUGUCGCACCACAACCACGGGCCCUCGACGUUACACAUCGCCGUGGCAACGCUAAAGCACGGACGAUUGCUGCGGUUGCAACCCUUUAACGAGUACCGGAAAAGAUUUGGACUUCGACCCUAUGGCUCCUUUGAGGAGCUCACAGGAGAACAAGAAAUGGCCGCCGAGCUACGAGAACUAUACGGAGAGGUCGACGCGCUAGAGUUCUCUCUAGGUCUCAUGCUGGAGAAAGCACGAGCAGCAGCCAUGUUCGGCAGCACUAUCAUUGAGAUGGGCGGCCCGUUCUCCGUGAAGGGCCUCAUGUCAAGCCCCGUAUGCAGCCCCGGCUAUUGGAAGCCGUCUACAUUCGGAGGUGACCGCGCAUUUGACGUCAUCAAGAUGGCGUCGCUGCGAAGGCUCGUGUGUUCAAACAUUCGCGGUCCGUGUCCUUUUGUGUCCUUCAGGGUUCCAGAUGACGUGGCGAAUGCAGUAACGAGGCAGGAAAAAUCUACUAGAGACGGCUGCCGUGAAGAAUUGUAGUGAAUAUAGUACAUCCUAUAGAUGCUCUCAACACACACA